AUGAACGUCGACAUUAUGCCCAGUCGUACGCAUGACCAUCCAUUCACCGCGGAGAUAAUGGCACCCCUUCUCCCCGACAAAUACAGGUCGUCGUUGAUUCCGCCUUACGAUGGACGAGGAGAUCCCGACGACCAUUUGGAAAUGUACACGGGGCACAUGCUCUUGCACGGGUACGCCGAGGAGAUCAUGUGCCGAGCCUUUCAGAACCACCUGACAGACUCUGCCCGAAGAUGGUUCCGAACGCUGAAGCCAAACUCUGUCUCCAGCUGGGAUGAACUAAAGGAAGCAUUUUCCCUCCAGUUCAUCGGGGUUAAAAAGUACAUAUCCCCGAAGCAGAACCUAACGACGAUAUAUCAAAAGCCAAAUGAGACGUUAAGGGAGUGGCUCGCCAGAUACGGCGAGGCCGUCGCCGCUACAAUGGAUAUCACGGACAGGGAAGCCCUGAUGGGAGCAUUAUCCAGUAUGAAGAAGAUAACUCCCUUCAAAAGGGAACUAAACCGAAAACCCCCUUCCAGCUACAAAGAGUUCCUUACAAGGGCGCAAGGAUACAUCAAUGCUGAAGAAGCGGAUGCCAACGACCCCGAUCAUAGGUCCAAUAAGGGUAAAGGAGCCGAGCAGGGGUCGGCGCCAUCAAAGCAAGACGGGAAGAAGCGUCGAGGAGGAGGAAGCAGAGACAAACAACCGACCCCGACGCAAGGAGCGCCGGAGGCCAAGAAGCCAAGACAGGAGGAUACCCGCAGGCCUCGGCUGUUUCAGAAAUACGGCACCUACCAUGAAUUGACGGCAGGCGUCGAGGAGAUCUUCAACCAGAUUGGCCGAGGAAACUUGCUGCACCGACCUGAACCAAUGAAGUCGGAUCCUAACCGAAGGAACCAGAAGAAAUUCUGUAGGUUCCAUGGCGAGGUCGGCCACCACACGAAUGAUUGCGCCGACCUCAAAGAUGAAAUCGAAAGAAUAAUCCGCGAGGGAAGGCUGCAGGAAUUCAGCGCCGAACGAAGACCUCGCAACGACGGCCAUGGCGGGCACGAUGACGGUCGACGCCGAGAGGAGAACCACCGCCCGAAAGAUCGGGAACCUGUCGGCGUCAUACGAACGGUCCUCGACGGCCCCUACAUAGGAGGAGACACGCGGAGGUCGCAGAAGGACUACGCCCACGAGGCCAAGGGGGUAUACCAGGAACGGUUCUGGAACGUCUCCGCCAUAAAAAUCCCGAGGCAUAGCCACACUGACGUGGCCUUCAAUGAGGAUGAUGCCAGUGGAGUCCAUUUCCCCCAUAACGACGCACUGGUGGUGGAAGCAGUGAUCAGAAACCACACCGUGUGUCGAAUCUUGGUGGACAAUGGAAGUUCGGUGGACCUCCUGUAUUCCGACUGCUUGGAAAAAAUGGGGAUCCACGAGGGGCAGUUGGAAAGAACCACCAGGCCACUGUACGGGUUCACGGGAGACUCCGUCAUUCCUCAAGGUACUAUCCGACUACCUAUAACCGCCGGAGAAAAACCCCGACAGGCAACAACGAUGGCCAACUUUGUGGUCAUCAAAGGAGGCUCCCAAUACAACGCAGUAAUCGGGAGACCAACCCUCUAG